CUCUUGUUUCUUCCUCACCUUCUCUGAGGACUGAGGAAACGCUGGGUGAACUUUGCCCGAUUCUGUUUUAGCAUAAUACCAAAUCGCGUUGUUUUGUAUUUACUUGAAGUGUUCUAUUAUUAUUCUUUUAAAGAUGUGGUUUAUUUAUUUACUUAGCUGGGUGUCCUUAUUAAUACAGGUGUCUUUUGUUACCCUCGCUAUUGCUGCAGGUCUAUACUACUUGGCAGAGUUGAUAGAGGAGUACGCAGUUGCUACCAGUCGAAUAAUAAAAUACAUGAUAAUGAUCUCCACAGGUGUACUGGCAGGGCUGUACCUGUUUGAGGGCUUCCCCAUGCUCAUGAUUGGGGUUGGCCUUUUCACUAACCUGGUGUACUUUGGCCUGCUGCAAACAUUCCCUUACAUCAUGCUCAGCUCACCAAACUUCAUUCUGUCUUGUAUACUGGUGGUGAUAAAUCACUAUAUGGCCUUCCAGUAUUUUGCAGAAGAAUACUAUGCAUUUUCAGAGGUUCUAGCAUACUUCACAAUUUGCCUGUGGGUGAUACCAUUUGCUUUCUUUGUAUCCCUGUCUGCUGGGGAGAAUGUUCUUCCAUCCACAGUGCAGCAAGGAGACGAUGUGGUAUCUAACUACUUUACCAAAGGAAAGAGGGGCAAACGCUCUGGGAUCCUCCUGAUAUUCUCCUUCCUGAAAGAGGCUGUUUUGCCAAGCCGCCAGAAAAUGUACUGAAGCACUACAGCUAAAGGGUAGCGGACAGACGGAGGGCUCAGGAAGGUUGAGCGAUGGGUUAUGGGCAGGGUUUCCGGAUGUCUUAGUCAACUGGAUUCGUGAGAAUGAAGGGAGAGGGGGAUGUUUAGGGGUGAAAGGUAAAAGAACUAAAGAGAGAACCUGUGUGGAGUACCAUGUCUGGACGGAUGCACACAACCUGCCACGGACAUACCGGCUCUUCGGCUGAACUGAUAUGUCUGUCUCUCUGUCUGUCCAUCUGUUUUAAACGAACACAGCCAAUUAACGCUCCAUAAGUGAUCCUCAUACGUGGAAUGCCUUAAGGGUCUUGUUUCCUUGAGAGGCAUUAUGAAGGCUGAUUUGUGAAUGAAAUCACUGGGAGUGGCAAAUGUCAGUUUUUGGUGUAGAACUUUUGUUUAAUUUGUGUCUGGAAUUUUGUCCAAAAUGCCUUUCAUUUUUAAAGGCUUGAAUCAUAGACAUGUGAAGCAAUGUCUUUAGUUGGAUGUUUAAUGGUGUGAGCUUCUUUGCAUAAUUUGAUGACCAUUUUACUGUCACUAGUUGAUGCUGAUUCUGAUGUAAUUGUCAUACUACAGUCAUCAAGGCCUUUGGUCUUUGGUCAAGGCUUUUUAUUAUUUGUAAGCUGUAAAGAACAAAACAUUUGCCUAAACAGUUCUGAAUUAAGACCAGUUGAGAUUACCUGCAAGAUGGAAUGGUGUUUAAAAGAUCUCAAGAGUGUCAACAGAUUCUUACAUCUAUUUUGAAGAAUCAAAAAUGCUUAGUACAUAUAUGGAGUCUCAUUACAUUCUUCAUAAUGUUCAAAAGCAUUAACACUGCUUUUUAUUUUUUCUUUCUUUCUUUUUUCUUUCUUUUUUUUUAUUUUAGAAACAAAGUGAAUUUCACCACAAUGGUCUGUCUUCAGAUGUUUUUUCACACAUGCAGACAAUAAAAUGCCAGUUAAAUUUGAUUUUCAUAGACCAUAUCCAGUUCCAUCUACCCUGUCACUCUCGUCUAUGAAUUGUUGCCCUUUACAUUGAAGUGUCUACUGUUGUGUUGAGAGUGUGAGGUCAGUGAAAGGCCAGGUUAAUCUGUCUCACACCAUUACAUUCAUUCAGUUCAACAUCCUCUCACCUGGGGAUUUCACCACUUACAGAAGUAAGAGAGGAGGUGUUGGUAAUGUACACUGAGGUGAAAUAAGCUUUUGCAGAGUUUGAUCUAAAAAAUAAGGACAAUGAAAUCUUGAUUUUGUGAGUUGUGAGAUCCUCUGGGUCAAGGUGUCACACUUUGGGCUCACAUUUAUCAACUCUUCAUAUGCAGAAAUAGGUGUAAAUUCAAGUAGUGAAAGUAGCCUUUAAAUGUAAUUAGUGUUAAAUACAAACAGAUUUAUGGUUAUGCUUCUAAUGAUGGAGAGAAUGACUUUUUGUGUAAGACACAUUUUAGAGGGAAUAAGGCCAUAACAUUUAUUUCCAUCUAUUAUUAAGAAGGAUUAUGCUCUAUAGUGUGUGCAAGGCAAAAAAGUAGGUUUUCAUCUAAUUACCAACUUUUAUUUACAUCAGUAGCGUGACCGUAUUAUUGAUGCAGUUAACCUGGAAGAAAUUAUAUUUUAACUUUAUUGAAAACAACACAAAACAGCUUAAUAAUUUUCUACUUAAUUGUCCAAAAUCAAAAUUCCAAAAAAAAAUUGCAUCUCAGUAGCGUUAGAAAAAUGUCAAAUUCCUUUUUGGAGGUGCAGUCCACAUUCCAUAUAUAGAAAUUGUGUGCCUGUCUGUAUUUAAAUGAGCAGUGAAAUGCAUGUGUGAAAAACCUAUGAAAAAUGGUGUUUAUUAAGCCACAUUGUUAACACUUGUGCAUAUGACAGUCCUAAUUGUACACAGUUGAUUACUGAUACACAAUGCAAAUUGGCCCCUAAUUCAAAUCAUACGCUAAUUACUAAUGCCUGGACAGAAUAUGGUGUUGAAAGAGGGGGUAGAUUUAUUGAAAAACUCUGACAGUUAACAGCACAGUUAUCUCAAAGCAUACAAAUGACUUGUAGAGUAUGGUGAAUAAUGUUCAUCUGUUAACACUCAAAGCUUUUUACUGGAUUAUGCAUGUAUUUCAAUUUUAAUUAGACUAUAAUUGGAAUAUUUCUCACAGGCACAAGAACUUUGCCAUUUUUAGUUCAAACAUUUGGCUAAAUUCACUAAAAAGAUGCAUUUGAUAUAUUAAGGAAAAAAAACUUUAAAUAAUUAUAGAUUAUUUAAAUUAUAUUACAAAUCUAUCAAAGGUACAAACAACAUUUUUUUUUUCUUGGCAAUAAACUUUUAUUAUUUUUGUCCAUGUUCUGUAUUUAUUGAUUGACUAAAAGGACUAAGUAUGUAGUAUUUUAUAUAGUUUUUCCAGUAACUGUAGUGUUCAGUAAUGGCCAGGCUGGAGCUCCUCAGCCAGAUGCAUUGCCACUUCGGUCCAUGGAGAAGCCUCGGUACCAUGAGUACCUCCCCGAUGAGGUAAAUCCAGCACACUGUUGGACUGGAGCUGAAGUGGACCAGAAAUUCGGGAUUGAAAUUUGGAUGGAAACAGGCAUUUCUGAAUGACAUCCAGUGGCAGGUCAGGUACUGGCUGUGGAAUAUUAUUCCAUGAUGCAGUGCAACAGACCUGCCCAUUUCUGAAACAAUGGAGUGUCACACACUGGCUUAGAUCAGGCUCAUCUGCUACUUCCUCUGGAUGGACACCGAUUCUCACUGUCUCAGAUCUGCUGAUGUUUGCUGGAGGAGGUCUUGACGGAUUUGAUGAGAUGUUCCAUAUUUCUCUUGAUUUGCUUGCAUGCUGUUUUUUGACAGGCUUGGUAGAAUGGCAGCAGUGAUGGCUUAUUGUCCACAUGCCCAUUGUAGGAGACCAGAGACAGGGAAGACCCUUCCUCUCUGCCCACUUGGACACUUUCUCUUUGUUAAUUGCCUCUCUGGAUAACUGAAAGCACAAAGGAUUUAAGUGUUAUUUGCAUAGUUUACAAAGAUGUACAAAAUGACU